CGAGUUACUAUCGCUCCAUGUCCAGUACAUCUCACUCCGCUCACACGACCUCCGAACUAUGGCUCGGUCCAGCAUGGUGCAGUAUUUCGAAGCGGAUUCCCGCAGCCGGAGCACAUCGAAUUCCUCGAGACUUUACACAUUCGCUCAAUCCUAACAUUGGUCGACACGGAAUUGAGCAAGUCAUACAGUCGCUUCAUAUCGGAAUUUGGAAUAGAACACACAAGGGUACUCAUCGCCGCAAACAAGGAUGGCCAGGUUCGGACCACAACAGAGUCUGUGUGCACCGCCCUAGCCGCCGUGCUGAACCCAGAAAACCAGCCGCUUUACAUUCAUUGCAAUCAAGGUCGUCACAGAACGGGAUGCGUGGUGGGCUGUCUACGAAAGUUACAGCAGUGGCCUCUCGAUGAAAUUCUGGCGGAGUAUCAAGCGUAUGCAUCGCCGAAGACGCGAAGUGGCGAUAUUGAAUUCAUUACCGACUUCGAACCAGAAUGUUUAGUCCAAUUCGCG